AUGAAAACCCUCCAUGGCCAUGGCAGCACAUUCAUGUUCAUAUUCUCACUCUUCUUCCACCCUUUCCUCCCUCUAGCUAUUGACACCAUCACACCCACACAACCCCUCAUCGUCAACCAAACUCUAGUCUCUAAUGGUGAAGCUUUCGAGUUGGGUUUCUUCAAUGCAAACAAUGGUAGCUUGUAUAUAGGAAUUUGGUAUAAACAAAUAGAGCCGAGAACAAUUGUGUGGGUAGCUAAUAGAGAUAACCCCAUUACUUCAUCCUCCGGUAACCUAACCAUCAUCAGCAACGGCAACAUGGUGCUUGUAAAUCAAACGGGAACUGUCGUCUGGUCGACAAAUCAAUCUACAGUACUGGUGGCAAACACGGUGGGACAGCUUUUAGACAACGGUAACUUUGUGCUUCGUCGGGAAAACGAUGAGAAUCCGGAAAAUUAUAUCUGGCAAAGCUUUGAUUAUCCGACUGAUACUCUAUUGCCGGAGAUGAAACUUGGGUGGGAGAGGAAAUCUGGAAUUACUCGGAUUUUGCGGUCAUGGAAGACGAACGAUAAUCCGGCGACAGGUGAUUAUUCUCUUAUGAUCUCCGUCCGUCAGUUCCCGGAGAUUUUGCUUAUGCACAACCAAACGACAACUUAUCGGAGUGGGCCGUGGACUGGAAGAAGGUUCAGUGGUGUACCGGUGAUGAAAGGGAUGAGUAUAAUGCAGUUUGACUUUCCCGAUAACUCCGAUGAGAUUUUUUAUUCAUUUAAAAUGCUGAAUAGUUCAAUUUAUUCGCGAUUGGUUAUAAAUUCUUCUGGUAUGGAACAAAGAUUGGUUUGGGCAGAAACAACAAAAACAUGGAGUGUGUACUGGUCUUUCCCCGGAGAUUGCGAUCACUUUGGUGAAUGUGGUCCAUCUGGCAUUUGUGGUGCAAACACUGCACCGAUAUGCAGUUGUCCGACUGGAUUCCGGCCGAAAAACAAACAAGGAUGGGAUCUCCGAGUUGGUUCGGAAGGGUGUGUUCGGAGCUCGGACUUGGAUUGCAGGUCGGAUGGAUUUCAGCUAUUGAAGAACAUGAAACUGCCAGAGACUUCGAAAGCUUUUGUAGAUCAAUCGAUAAAUUUGAGAAAGUGUCGUGAGAUUUGCAGAAGGAAUUGUUCUUGUGCUGCUUACGCUAAUACGAAGCAGACGAAUCUCAAUGAAGGCGGAUCGGGUUGUGUGAUUUGGGAAGGAGAUCUCAUUGAUAUGAGGCAGUAUGCUGAUUCGGAUGAUGGUGGACAAGAUCUUUACGUUAGAGUUGCAGCUUCUGAUUUGGACCGGAGUUCCAAAAAUUGGUUCCACGACCAAGUUGGCAUGGUUGUCGGCACCAGCAUAGGUGCAUGUGUGGUGUUGAUAGUACUCAUGAUACUCGUCUACCUUAAGAUGAAGAAAACUAUAUCCUUGAAAAAAGUAAUGGAUAGAAAAGGUCCACAAGGAAGAAUUGGAGAUUUCUUAGUAAAUGAUGGGCCUAUUAGUAGAAGAAAUAACCAUGGCGAAACUGACAUGGAUGAACUCGAGUUACCCUUGUUCGAUUUUACGACCCUAUCAAUCGCAACAAAUAACUUCUCGGACACAAAUAAACUUGGGCAAGGUGGAUUUGGGUGUGUUUACAAGGGUACAUUAGCGAACGGUGAAGUUGUGGCAAUAAAAAGGCUCUCAAGAGUUUGUGAACAAGGGAUAGAGGAACUAAAAAAUGAGGUUAGAUUGAUUGCGAAACUGCAACACCGAAACCUUGUUCGAGUAUUAGGUUGUUGCAUAGAGGUUGAAGAGAAAUUGUUGAUUUAUGAGUUUAUGGAAAACAAAAGUCUUGAUAUGUUUCUUUUUGAGAAAGAUAAAAGCCUAGAACUCAACUGGAAAAAACGAGUGGAUGUUAUACGUGGGAUUGCACGAGGGCUUCUUUAUCUUCAUCAAGAUUCGAGAUUUACAAUCGUCCAUCGAGAUAUGAAAGCGAGUAAUGUUUUGCUUGAUAAGGAAUUGACCCCGAAGAUAUCAGACUUUGGUAUCGCAAGGAUUUUUGGGAACGAUCAAACAGAAGCAGCAACAAACAUAGUGGUUGGAACAUACGGUUAUAUGUCACCUGAAUAUAUGAUGAACGGAUAUUUCUCAACAAAAUCUGAUGUUUUUAGCUUUGGGGUUUUGAUUCUUGAGAUAGUGAGCGGUAAAAGAAAUAGAGGAUCAUCCAACACAGCUAGUCAACUUAACCUUCUUGAACAAGCAUGGAAGUUAUGGAACGAAGUCAAUACUUUAGAACUACUAGACAAAUCUAUCGGGUCCAAAUUUUCAGAAAAUGAAGUAUUAAGGUGCAUACAGAUUGGACUGUUAUGUGUUGAAGAACAACCAGAAGAUCGACCAAAUAUGUCAAAAGUGAUGCUGCUACUAAGCAGUGAAACUGUACGAAUGCCACGACCAAAACAUCCUGGAAUCUUCAUUAGGAAUAGAAAUCUUGAAACAGUAACUCCUGGAAAACCCGAUGAUUCCAUGAGCAUAAAUGAAAUCACAAUAACAACACUAGAUGGUAGAUAG